CAGUUAGCACCAAAACCAUCCGAUGGAACGUCGCGUUUGUUGAUAUAAAAAAAUACACGCGAGUGAAUAAACAUUACACAGAUUAAAUGAGAGUGCUGUGAUUUUGUACUAAAGAUAUCAGUAUAAAAACGCCAGUGCAUAAGUUUGUGUGCAGUGUAUGUCAGUGGUUCGAGCGUUUGGAGUUGUUUGUAUGAUGUGUUAACAGUACCAGCAUUACCAAUAAGAUCUCUCAAAAAUGUCAAAGUGAAUGCAAACGAAAACCCAAAAGAGAUCGUAAACAGAAAUGGGUAUUCAAAGGUGAUAUACACAGAAAAUGGCUACUCACAGAUUGCCAUUACACCUCUGCAAUUCAAUAAAACAGUAUCUAAUAAAGCUACAGUUAACGAAGUUAAAUGAGAUAAAGAGUAGAUUAAAAUUAGACGUGAAGUUAGACGCCCGGGAAAGGUUAAUAUUAGUUGUGUUGAUAGUGCUGUUGUUGAGUGUGACGUCAAGUGGUAAUAGUUUUGGCAGGAAUUCUAUGUUACGGACCCGUAUAAUAGGGACUAGGUACGGUAAAUUGCAAGGUGUGAUAUUGCCGAUGGAUCAGCAUAAGUACUUGAAGCCGGUGGAAGCGUAUUUGGGAGUUCCAUACGCAACGCCACCUACAGGAUCUAAUAGAUUCGCGCCAACCCGCGCGCCAGCCCCAUGGGACGACGUCAAGACGGUAGACCAGAUGGGGCCAGUGUGCCCCCAGCGGUUACCAGACAUCUCCAACGAGACCCUGACCCUCGAACGCAUGCCCAAGGGCAGGCUCGAGUACUUGCGAAGGUUGCUGCCGAGGCUCAAGAAUCAAAGCGAAGACUGCCUAUACAUGAAUAUUUAUACGCCCGUGCAAGUUGGGCCAACGCUACAAGCUAAGUAUCCAGUGGUAAUCUUCAUACAUGGGGAGUCGUUUGAAUGGAAUUCUGGUAACGUGUAUGAUGGUUCCGUGCUCGCCAGCUACGCGGGUGUCGUCGUAAUUACGAUAAACUAUCGGCUUGGUAUUUUAGGUUUCCUAAACGCGAAUCCUAUACCUCAUCUCAAAGCGAGAGUUGCGAACUAUGGACUUAUGGACCAAAUCGCCGCUUUACAUUGGGUCCAGCAGAACAUUGCUCUGUUUGGAGGAGACCCAGGAAAUGUUACGAUGCUUGGACAUGGCUCGGGAGCAGCUUGUAUUAACUUCCUAAUGAUUUCUCCGACCGUUAUGCCCGGUCUGUUUCAUCGAGCAAUUUUACUAUCUGGAUCAGCGUUGAGCUCAUGGGCGUUAGUAGAAGACCCCGUUAACUAUUCCGUCCAGCUCGCUAGGCAGUCCAACUGCACUCUUCCUGAAGACAUUGUGAAGGAUCACGAACUAAUCGUGGAUUGCCUUCGAGAAGUACCUCUCCAAGAGCUAAUGUCCGCUGAAAUCAGUACACCUAGUUACUUGACCGCAUUCGGCCCUUCAGUCGACGGUGUGGUCGUGAAGACGGACUACGCGAAGGAAUUACUCACAUUUUUCAUACCCAAUGAUCUUCAAGGCUUCACGAGCGUAUCUGGGGUGAACAAUGUGAAGGCGGACAAAAGGAGUGGAGAUAGGAUUUUCGGGAUAAGAGGCGGACAGAAUAAAUAUGAUCUGCUAUUCGGAGUUGUAACGAGCGAGGCACUUUGGAAAUUUUCAGCUCAGGACAUUCAGAAUGGUUUCGAGGGCGAGAGGAGGGACAAAAUAAUACGGACCUAUGUGAGGAAUGCUUACACAUAUCACUUGAGCGAGAUUUUCUUCACCAUCGUCAAUGAGUACACUGAUUGGGAGCGGACCGUUCAGCACCCAAUCAACACCCGAGAUGCGGCAGUAUUGGCGAUAUCAGAUGCGCAGUACGUAGCCCCGUUGGUACAAACUGGAGAUUUCCUAUCCGUAGCCAAGAGUUCGCCGGAUUCUGGGCCGAACGCCUUUUUCUACGUGUUCGACUAUCAGACCAAGGAUGGGGAUUAUCCUCAGCGCAUGGGGUCAGUGCACGGAGAAGAAUUGCCAUAUUUAUUCGGGGCACCUUUCGUGGAUGGUUUGGGCCACUUUCCGAAAAACUACACUAAGUCCGAGGUGGCUCUCUCUGAAGCGUUCAUACUGUAUAUGGCGAACUUUAUUAGAACGGGGAAUCCCAAUGAGCUUCAACGUCAGGAAUCAGUUCUGCCGAUAUCCAGGGAAAGGAACAAGUACAAGAGCAUUGUUUGGGAUGAAUAUGAUACGCUGCAUCAAAAGUAUUUAGAAAUAGGUAUGAAACCGCGUAUGAAGAACCACUACCGAGCGCACCAGCUUUCAGUCUGGUUACGGUUGAUCCCCGAGAUCCACCGCGCCGGCAUGAAGGACGUCGUCGCGAAACACAACCUGUUCCGCAACCACAAUGACCCGGAACUGUACGACGGGCUCGUGCGCCCCGACCCCCUCACCCGCGCCAAUUAUUACGACCCCACGCUAGAGCUCUAUCGCAAAUCCUACAACGUCACACUCGACAUCCCAUCCACAACUAUGGACACAUACGUAACGACCUGCAUCAGUUUCAUGUCCGCCCGCCCCGGGUCCCCCGUCACUCAAAGCCAACCCAACAAUUCGCAGACUCAAGACGUUUCCAAUUUAGAAGUGGCCAGCUACACCGCGUAUUCGACCGCCCUUAGUGUCACGAUCGCAAUUGGCUGCUCGCUGUUAAUCUUGAACGUCCUCAUUUUCGCAGGAGUCUAUUAUCAAAGGGACAAAACGAGGCUGCAAGUGAAAGCAUUGCAGCAACAGAAGCGAAAUCACAAUUCCACCUUCGACAGCGUUUCGAAGCAUCCCCAUUAUUUUGUCGGUCAUUCGCAGAGUUCGAGCACAAUCGUGGAUAUUGACCACCAGGAUAAGAACGCAAUUAUUGCAAUGACGAAUCGUGUGCCGCAUUUCACGAAUACGAAUUGCCCGAACGUCUGCCACACGGGGAUUCAGAUGUCGAACCUUCAGCAGAAGUCCAGCCCGAUUCGGGCGCAAUGUACGACGUUACCGAGAAAGGUGGGUUUCAGCUAUCAGAACCAGAUCUGCAACGCGUCCAGCUGCAUGACGCUGCCGAAAAACGCGACGUUCAUGAGCAGCGGGAAUCUACCAGACGUGCAAGCUCAGACAGGUCAGUCGCAAGCUUCUGGCAACGGCUCGAUUCCGCCGUCUUCCCCGCCCCCGCAUUUCUCCCAGAAGUCCAGAGUCCCGCAGGCGGCCAUGUCCGAGAUGAAUGUAUGAGAAAUGGAAGAUAUUUACAAUUAUGUGUAAAGUGAGGGUAGAAAUAGUGUUGCGGUCACUGAUAUACAUAGUUGUAAAUAUCGCUAAUCGAAUGUACAUAAAAUAACACGGGGACAUUUUAUCGUUAAUAGUUUCGACAUUUUUUUGACUGUACAUAAUUCCAUUAUGAAUGGGUUUAUUUGUUCGUGAUAAAGUUUUUGACCUCACUCGCGGAAACAUAACUCCAAUACAUCUUAGGUUAACGUCAUUUAAAAUGGCGUCAGUGUAAAUAAUUUAGAACUUAAAGACUGUAUGUAAAAUUAAAUGUAAAGUACGAUACAUGUAUAAUAUGUCUUAAUUCAAAGAGAAUAAGUCUCAAGUUCGUUUACUUAAUUGCCAAAUUAAGUGUAUAAAAUAGGAUUUAUGGCUAUGUACUCAUAAUUUUAACUCGUUUCUCAUCCAACGUUAAUGUUUACUGAAUUUUACAAUCUUGUGUGUUUUACGGAUUAUUUAUUUGUGUUUGUGUUUAAGAUAUGAUAAAGUUUUGUGUACUUACGUGUUGGAUAAGAGCUCUUUCAGAAUACUCAGGAAUCGCUGAUUUCUUUUUAAUACGUUUUUCGUUCACGAUAAAGCAAUGUUCUAAGCUAAAAAUUUGCGAAGUAAAAUUAUAUUUAUUUUCAAAAAUAAAUUAAUAAUAAAGUGUUGAAAUUGCAUAACGAUAAAAUCAGUGAAAACUUUUAAAAUUGUUUUCUCUUAUUUGUAGGCCCAAUUAUAUUUUGUUUAAACUACGACAGAAACAAUGAAUUAUUCAAAAUAUUCAAUCGUUAUGAAUAUUUGUAUAAAUUUAAUAAUUGCUUGAUCGUGAACGAGGCGUUGUUAUAUUUUAUUCGCUUCGUCUGAAGAGGCCCAUUAUGAUAAAGA